CUGUUUGCCCGUUCAGCGUUCGCUGUUCGCAGUUCGUCGUUGUCGUCAUCGAUGCACUUGGUUGUUGCAGUUCGGUCCGCGUUGUAGCACAAACUGGCAGUUAGUUUAUUCGCGACGGCAUCCGAGCGUGGAUCGUGUGCUCUGGAAUCCUUUUCCCCGACGGCAGUGCCAACAGAGCCCCCUUCUUGACGGAAGAUAGGAGACGACUGUGCUCUAGUUCAGUAAUCAGAUCAUCGGAUCAGAAGCUUGAGAAGCUAGCUGAGGAAGAAUACAGAAUUGUACACUUUGUGUUAAACGUUGAACACUCUGGGCGAAGUGUGGGCGAUCACUCAGUUGAUCGCGAUUUUGAUAAGUCUACGUAAUCUGCGUGGCGUGCGCGCGCGUUGAACAGCCGAAGUGUUGUGCUGGAGCCGAUACGGAGAUCUAAUCUGCGCUGCAGUUUUGCGACGGCACGUGCCUGUGCUUGAGAAAAUAGUUUUCUUUGCAGUUGCAUCGUGAACGAGCGAGAAGCGCCCACAGAGCUACACAGGGCUUGCAACUUUGUCCUGUCGAAGCACUGCUCAGACGACAGCCGAAGCCGAGUACUUCCGUAUUUCUAUUUCUGGCGCGGACUGUAAUAGUCACUGUUGGUGUCGUUGCGUUGCUGCUUCGGUAGUGUGGCAGAUGAAACAGUAGUUUGACAGUAUCGUGUGAGUUUGAGCUAUCGCUUAAUCGCCGGGUUUCGUCGUCAGUUUUUCAAAACCAAGAUAUUCGAAUUUCGAAUCAAAAUAGUAAGUGAUCAUCGAAGAAGCGCGUGUGUUGUUUGAAUUCUCGUGGUGCCCUCCCGAAAAAAAAAAGAGUGAAGAGAGCGAGAGUGUGCGGCGGCUUUGACGGUACAGACCGUGUGAAAUCUGGCUGGCAAACGCGAUAGCAGGUCUCGAGGCAAGGUUUGAUUAUUUUGUUGUCGUUUUGAAUAAAAAAAAAGCCCACAUUUUUUGUUUGCUCCUUUCAUUCGCUCUCGCGGUCCCUGUUUCUGGUUGUUUGCACGCGGUUUUUUUUUUGAAAUCUCGUUUUUUCUGAACACCGCCACAAUAGAUAGGGCAGUGAGACGUGUCAAGUCGGUCGAGAGGAGAAAAGUGAGAAAGCGCAUCGAAGAGCGCAUAUUGGUCGAGUGAAACAAUACUGAUAAAAUUAGAAAUACAAGCCAAUCGAAGGCAACAGCCAAUAGGCAGUUGUUCCGGAAAAAAAAGUUCAUACCGUCGGCUUAGUGAACCGUUGGGAAGCGACAGCCUAAGGUGAUAAAGUUCCACUACGAGAACCAGUAUACAUGAACGUCCUUGCGGGAGGCGUGUGUAAGAAGUUACUGUGAUUUACUGCGAGUGGAACGGUAUCUGUUGAUAGCGGCAGUUGAAUAGGUGUGCACAAUAAAAAGAGACCACAUUUUUCGUAACGUUAUCGAAGAAAAACUCGGCGUUCAACGACGACAGCAGUUACCCGUUUUGAUCAAGACCAAUUGCAGAACAAGCUUUAUCCUAAUCCAUCUCAUUUUGGGAACAGCACUAGCCGCGACCAUUAGCCGUUCUGCGUAGAGAACAUGUUGUACUUCCUCGAGGACGAUUGCUCGCGCUCGCACGGUUCUUAUUGCUACCAUGGUGAAACCACUAGCGCCGAGGAAGUGCUUACCGUUGUGAAGGUUUUCUGAAUUGCGCAUCGUCUCCGAAGGGUGUGUCCAGGUGCAUUGUCUCCCAACUGACCUGUUCCCGACAAUAUCGAGCACUAAGGUUUCCAUUAGAGAGCAGUAUCUCGUAGUAGCGUAGGAGAGUCCAUUAGAGUGCGAUAUUCCGUGAGUUUGUGUGACCGGCGAUAGAGAAGCCCUGACGCGCGCUUCAAGACGAUUGUAACUCGGAAACUGACCUGAUUAGUACAUAAAAAGAGACCUAUUGCGUAAGCUUAUAAGAAACGAGUUUGUCCACACGGUUGAUGGUUUCGCAAGAUCGCUGGAUGGUAAAGAUGUCCGAGGCAGGGUACGAUAACCGGGCGGAUGGCAGUGGAGCUUCCAGCAGCAGCCUGAACCCGCGAACGCCGCCGAACUGUGCCCGCUGCCGGAACCACGGUCACAAGAUCGGCCUGAAGGGACACAAGCGCUAUUGUAAGUAUCGCAAUUGUACCUGCGAAAAGUGCUGCCUGACGGCCGAACGGCAGCGGGUCAUGGCCCUGCAGACGGCUCUCCGAAGGGCGCAAACCCAGGACGAACAGCGGUUGCUGGUAGACGGAGAGGUGCCCGCCGAACCGGUACAUAGCCUUCAAAUACCAAAAUUGUCUGACCUAAAAGAGAUGAUCCAUAAUUCUCAGCAGAGGUCGUUGAUCGACUGCGACUCGUCCACCGGCUCGAUGAACUCCACCCCGGGCAGCUCGUUGGUAACGCUGUCCCAGCACCGAAGAUCACCCUGCUCCGCCGCGUCGGUCCACCCCAGCGAGGCUCAGCAAAACGUUGCAGCCAACCACUCCAGCGGAACCCCUGAACCCGGAAACAUGGUACCAGUUGGCCCCCAUAUGCGAGUGCAGCAUCACGGACCGGACUCAGGAACAGACGACGAACUUGUCAAACGAUCUCAAUGGCUCCUGGAGAAGCUGCGAUACCCCUGGGAGAUGAUGCCCCUGAUGUACGUGAUACUGAAAGGCGCCGACGGAGACGUCAAUAAAGCGCGCCAACGGAUUGACGAAGGAUACGACAUUUGUUGCAUCUACUUUCCGAAGCGUUCCAGCAGACACAGACACUGGCCGGACGAGGAGAACAUCUCCGUCACCCGCACUCCGUCUGCGUCACGGUCGCCAUGUGCCGAUUUUCGUACCCGGUCACAGUCCAGCUCGCCGGAUAACAACGGUGGCGCGCUCAAUCUGGACACGAAAUCUACCAAAGCGACGACCGCCACCACCGACGACGAAGAGGUUAUGUACGAGAAACGCAGCCCGAAGUCCAUUGAAUCUACCGAGUUGCGGUGCCGUCUGGAGGAAGCCUUACACAGUGGCGCUGCUGCUGCUGCGGCUGCUGAAGAACCUCUGGCGGGCGGAAGCGGUUCCCACUGGAAGAGAGAAAGUUUCGGCUCUACGGAGGAGAUUCCCACUCGACCCGCUCACAGUGAACCGGAAGAUAAUGGAUUUGAAAACGGAUUGGAAGCGCACCAGUCCCAUAUUCUGCACAGCAUACAUCGGAAUGUGUCUCCCAAGGCUGACUUGGCAGUUGCUUCCACCUCUGCUGCCGCCGUCGCUGAGGAACAACCAGCUCCACCAAAGAACAGUGAACCGUUGAAUUUGUUUAAGCGAAGUCAUCCAUUACCUGGAUUUGAGCAGGUUCCAACCUCCGCACUAGCAUUCCCUUUCCCUCGACAUCCGGCCGAGUUGAUGCAGUUCCUGCUACCGUAUCCACCCAUAUUUACUCAAUUCGGUGUACAUCCUCCGCCGCGAAUCUACAACGAUGAAGCCAGUAUCUAUCGGAAGGAUUUACCGAGCGAUUCUCGGCCACCGAGUCUGUCCCGAACGUCCCCACCGGAGGUGCCAUCGAUGUAUCAUCCGUCGCGAGUUGAUCCCAGCCAUUCACACCAGUCAUCGGCACCCGUUGCGUCGAUUCACUAGUAUGAGCCACCGCCGCUAGAGUGGCACGGUUUCAACGCUACCUUCUGUUAGGGCGGCUCCCGGCUGUCAACCUCCGAGAGGGUAUUUAGAUACUUUACUCUGGUUUUAACCCUGGUUCAGUCGAGCUGCCGAUGGCUACGAUCAUGCUACUGACGAAGGUUUCACGCCAACAAAGACGCUUGGCAGCCGCUUCCAUUUGCGUAGCAAACGUAUGUUAACCUUAAGUUUUAAUGUUAAAAGUAUCACCAAAAAUCAAGUCCCAAGACUUCUGCAAGAAUGGUUUAUGCUAAAUUUAUUCGAAAUGGUUUUAUUUUCAUCGAAACAUGUGUGAUGUAGGCUACUAUUUUGGUAAAACCGUAGGCAACGACUGUAUUUAAACUCACAAAAUUCGAACCAAACUUAUAAUUGUAACUUUUAAUUGAGUAAACAUGGGCGAAAGAGAGUGAUUCAAAUGGGAUUCGGAAUCGAACGGUUCUUCUAAGUAAGACAAACAAAAAAAACCAACCAAACGAGUCAAAGCUGCAAAAACUACAAGUUUGAACUGUGAUAUCAAUGAAAUUAAAUACGAACUAUGUAUCAAGAU